GCCUCACCGUAUCCCGGCUGAGCUGUAAGCGCGGGGAUUGGGUCCAAUAUAUGAUUCCCCGAUUACAACAACAACAAAGCAACUACAUCCCCAUCCAUAUCCCAUGCCCCUGUUAACUAAUACAAUCCCAAUCAUACCAAUACCAAGAAUCUCUCCCCUCAGCUAACCCACCAUGGGCUGGGACAUCGCAACAGUCAGCGAAGAAACGCUAAUCGACCUCUGCCACAAAGCCGAGAAGGAAAUCGGCAUAACCAGAGGACUUACAGAAGGAGAUCAAUUCAUCCAGCUCUCCGAGCACAUCGCAGUCAAGUAUGGCUACAGCGUAACAGCCGCCGAAGCAGCCACCCAGGAGCUCGCAUACAACAAAGCCGAUCCUACCAUCGUGCACAUCCCCCAAGUCUACCGCUUCAUCGAAGCAAAAGGAUCAUCUGCACGCACCAAAGGAUACCUAUUCAUGGAGUACAUGCCCGGUCAGAACCUGGCGAAUGUGGAUAUAGAAGCCCACAAAGACAUUAUACCACGCAUUGCAAAGAUAGUAGCACACCUAGGCGAGAUCCAAGCAGGCCGCCAGAGCGCACCGGGCCCAGUCGGCGGCGGCGAACCAUAUGGGUAUCUAUGGGGCGACGAUGGCGCGAAAACAGUCUUCAACUCUGUCUCGGACUUGAAUACAUACAUGAACAAACGUCUAAAGUUACGCAACGAUUCGAUCGAUCUAACGCCUCAUCCCCUGGUGCUCUGCCAUCUGGACCUCUGUCGAAGAAACUUCAUCCUCAAGGAUGAUGGAGUUUUUCUCUGUCUUGCUAACUGGGGAUCAGCUGGCUUCUAUCCCCGCUUCUUUGAGAGCGCGAUGGUAUCAUGCAUGCUCCCCUAUGAUGGCCUCUAUGAGCAGCCGCUUUUGCAAGAGAUCGAGAAGGUACAACGAGGAAACCUCGUUUGA